AUGGAGAUUAACAUACAGAUCAAGAAUGCGCAGCCCGAAGACUUGCUGCAGGCGUUUGCAGCACUGAGUGGAGGAGCAGCAUCCUCAACGACAGCGGCAUCUCCAACUGCAGCGUAUACUUCGGAUCAAGGGAGACCGCCAUUGAAAAAAAUUCGCAAAGAAGCCCGCACCACGACGGCUGCCACAAGGAGAUCCCCGAGCUUAUUAUUCAGUCAAGAGGAGCUCCAGGCAUUACAGGCGGCGAACCCACACGGAACAACGCAAGACUCCACAGCCGAGGAUACCGAGCAGAGUGCAGUUGGAUCUGGUGCAAAGGCAAAGCGAAAAGCUCAGCCAUUCUCGGCGUUCCGCAAGCACGAGGGACGCACUAUGAGAAGCUCCGCCUACGCCGAGACCUUCAUCUUCGUCGGGAUUGCCCGCGCUACCACCAGUACCACUACAAACAACGGCAAGUGCAAGACCCGCCAGACCCCUGCUGGUGAGAAAGAGAACCAUGGACUCCAGAUCCCCAAGACGCAAUCCCUCACGAAGGAGCCCCACCGACUCAAGGACCACCAGACCGCGGGCGGUAUUAAGAUCCAGAUCGCACACUCCCAAGACAAGAUCCAGAUCUCGCGCUCCCAGGACAACAUCCAGAUCUCGUGCUCCCAGGACAACAUCCAGAUCUCACUCCCCCAGGACAAUUCAGAGAUCCAGGGCAUCGGGCCUCAGCAACACAGGCACUUCCACAGCACCAAGGACACAGACAUUGAGAUUCCACAGUUUCCCAUACACGACUCCACCAAGCAGUACGUGGAUGCACUUUGCGCUGCAGCGGAGUUCAGGAUCAACCAUGGAGUUCUCUUGGAGCAUGACCUCACGUGGGACAGAGGAGGCGACCCAACUCCAGAGACAAUGAGGAGAUUCUAUUUCUUGCAAUCUUCAGAUCUCACUCUGCAAGACCCUCCUCUACCAACUCGGCAAGAAAAGAUCCUGUUUUGGUCGCAUGCAACAGAUGUGGGAGCUUUAUUCAAUAUGUUGACAGAGCGAAAUAUGCGUCCGAUGAACGCGCAUGGAGUGGCAGCUUUUGGAUGCAACAUCUUCUAUGCGCUUGGCCACGAGAUGUCCGGAUCUGACAUCGACGAGCACAACCUGACCAGGGUGAUCUUCAACACCACCCGAAGCGCCAAGAACCUGGCAGGCAUCGUCGUGGGAGGCCGUGCAUGGGGAUCCCUACGCAAGCAUCUUGGCGGAUCCUAUGAAACAGCUCGGGCAGCCACUGAAGAGGACGAGGUGCUCAAGGAUGCGAAGGCAAAAGCUUACUGCGUAUCUCGCAACAGAUAUUGCUUUACAUGCAUUGCGUUCGAGCAGCUGAUGACGCCGCCUUCAACAGCUAACACUCUCAUCUCGCAGUACCAGAAAGCUGCAGGCAUAGCUCCCCAAGGAAGAGCCAGACUUUCGCUCAUCUAA